AAAUGGCACGCCGCUGGUGUACAUUGGAGGGCGGCUUCCUGAGUUAUUAUGAGAAGGAGCGGAGCCCCUCUGCCAUCGGAAGAUUAGAUGUCACCGAAGUGGUCAGCUUGGCUGUCAGUAACUCAGAAACUAUGACUGGAGCGGGGGCUGUGUUUACCAUUGAGCUAUACCUGCGAACAGAGCGAGCCUUGACUGUUGGAGCCGAGACGCAGGAUACACAGCACGACUGGAUCCUGGCGCUGACAAAGUGCAUUGUUCCAUCCAAGGUUGAGGGAUUGGUGCGAAAAGACAGUGAACUAAUUGGAAGACUCCAAUACAAAGAAGGUCACGACCUCUAUCACUGGAGGAUGGGCUGGUUCAUGCUAGAGGGCUCCACACUGCACUUCAGCUCUGGAGAAGAGGAGGCAGAUGAGGAAGUCCUUCGUCUCAAACAACUGCAAGAGCUUACUGUCUCUACACAUACUGAGGGUGAGGACAGGAUCCAAGUACUUCUGCUGGUGGAAAGUGGAAGAACGCUUUACAUCCACGGCUUCAACAGGAUGGACUUUGCUCUGUGGCACUCAACAAUCACGAUGGCUGCAGGCACAGAUGGAAGGGCACUUGGUGACCAGCAACUGACCAAAAAUGGCGUCCCUAUUAUAGUUGACAGCUGCAUUGCUUUUGUCACUCAGUACGGUUUGUGCCAGAAGGGGGUCUACCAGACUCCCGGGGACCCUGCUCGUGUGUCCCUCCUUCUGGAGGAGUUCACUCGUGAUGCACGCAAUGUGAAGCUGAGGAAGAAGGAACAUAAGCUAGAAGAUGUAACGGACACCCUGAAGAGCUUCUUAUCCCACACAGAGGAUGCACUUCUGACCAAGGAGCUCUAUCCAUACUGGGUGUCAGCUUUGGACGAAAAGGAGGAAAAGCAGAGGGUGAAGAAAUAUUCAACUUUCAUAGAGAGUUUGCCAAAAGUCUACAGGUCGACCCUUAAUGCCUUGCUCCAGCAUCUGUACAGGAUUCAGCAGUCCUCCCACCUCAACGAAAUGCCAAGUGAAAAACUGGCCGCUGUCUUCUCCUGCUGCCUCUUCCAGACUCAAGGACAGACUUCCCAGGAAAUAAACGUGAUCCGUGACCUAAUCAGUAACUAUGUUACGCUUUUUAGUGUCAAUGAAGAGCAGGUGCAACAGAUGGAGACAGAGAAUAGCUUCAUCAUCCGCUGGAAUGAAAAAAAGGACACAGCGUUCUGUCCAGCGGGGGAUUUGAUCUUCGAGGUGUACCUUGAAAGGCGAGAGCCAGAGCAAUGCUGUUUAAUAAAGCUUUCUCCAAGUAUGCGGUCUUCAGAACUUGCAGAAGCUGCGCUGAGUAUGAGAAAUUGCACAUUUAAGGCAGAAGACAUGUGGACCACCUUUGAAGUUAUCGAAAAUGGAGAACUAGAGCGACCGCUGCACCACAAAGAAAAUAUUCUUGAACAAGUGUUGGAGUGGAGUGCCUUGGACUGCCCAAGUUCAGCUUUUCUUGUUUUAAAGAAAUUUGCAGGGGCCAAAAGAAUGGCCGGAGGAAAAGACUCAAGGCAGUUUCUAAAAAGUGACUAUCUUAAGUUCAGCGAUGGAUCCACCAAACUGCUGUCGGGUCACAAAUUUCAGGACAAGUACGUUGUGCUUCAUUCAGAAAAGCUGCUUCUUUACAGAGAUAUCAAAAACACUAAACCUGAAAAGGAGAUUCAGUUGAAGAUGGCAAAAUGUUACCUUGGCCUGAAGAAAAAGCUCAAACCUCCGACCAACUGGGGCUUCACGGUUUACACAGAUAAGCAUCAGUGGCACUUCUGUUGUGACAGGAGGGAGACGCAGAUCAGCUGGGUUGCAGACAUCAUCGCUCUGAAGCAUGGGUCUGACCUUCAGCUAAAGACCAGCGCAUCCAAAGAAACCGCAGAUCUCAAAGUGUCCAAAGGAAGUUCUGCUAUAACAGAAAGGAGCAUGAUUCCACCAUACAAGCACAGUUUCAGCUCAGAGAUGACUGAUAGGAGGGUUUCCCUUGGUGAUACCGACUGGAGGACAGCCAAAAACCCCGGUGUUCACCUAAAAACCCAAAGCAUACCCAAAUAUUUAAAACCCGGCAACCCAUCCGAGACCAGAGAGGUGUCCCAACGUAGAACCUCCAUGGACAUUUGCCUACCUCAACCACUGCCACCUCCAUCCAUCCCAAGACACAUGAAACCCAUGACAUUGCCUGUUUUACCUCAAGCCAGCAAUAAGAUGCCCAGCAAAAAACCUACGGGUGUCGGGGGAAGUAUGCCCCCUAAUCUGCUCAAUGAACUGAACCUGGUCCUCACCAAAACUGGUCGCAAGAGCCCAGAGUGACAAAAAUGAAAACAAAAACAAGUUUUUUGUUUGUUUUUUUAGUUUAAAAUUAAAUCUUACAGUGUCUGAUAGGAUAGAUGAAAGAAACAUAAGUGAAAGAAUAUACAGCAUUGAAAGAGCCAUGCUGUUAUUUAUAGAGAACUGAUUUUUAACUCUGAUAUUAAAUGAGAAGAUGAUGGACAAGGGUUGAAGAUAACAGGUGUGGGAACCAGUAGAGGUCAUGGAAGAUUUCAGCUGGACAAGGCACUGACUUUAGCACUACACAGCGGGAGUUAGACGCUGAUCUUUAAAACAGAGAAACAUCUAGAAAAACAUGUCAGGCUACAGAUCAAAAAGUGGGAAUUGAUUCAAAUCUUACAUCAUGCUUGUAAUUUAUCAUCUGGAAUCUUGUUUUAACUGUAUAAUAAUAAUAGCAUUACAAAGUAUUUAAAGUAUUUUUUUGUCCUUCUUAGUGAAGACUUUCCACUUGUGAUUGUUUCUUGUUUUCGUUCAGUUUGCCAAUUCACUGCAAGAUGUUUAUGUGUAUAUACAGUAUAUAUAUAUAUAUAUAGAUAUAUGUAGUAUUUCUUAUAAACGCAUAAUACUACAUGUGCGGAAGAAGAGGACAAAAUAAAGUGUUAAGAGAAUUAAAAGUUCAUAGUUGAUUGUACAUUUAUCUUUAACUGUACAAGGCAUGGUGCUUUAAGUUUACAGUUUAGUUGCAAUCCACUUUAAACAGACUGCCU